AUGGAUGUGCCAGCAGUUUCUGUGCCGUCAGAGGCUGGUAUGCAUGUACCUACGUUCUCCUUCUCUUCCAAGCCUGCUGUUCCGGAAGACACUGCGCUUUCACAGAAGUUUGUUGCACGGCAACCGAAUAUCAAUGAAACACAACGAAACGUCUCUGUAGAAGACGAUGCCUCAGCCUCAGCCUUUGACUUUGCCAGUCCGCGCUUCUCCUUUACUUCUUCACCCGCUACCGAAGCGCAACCGCCUGAUCCCGGCUUCAUCCACUAUUUCGGACAAUCCGCUUCAGGCCCCCAGGAGACCAAGUCCCCAGACAUUUUCAAGCACACCCACAGCGCUGGAAAUCCCGUAACGCCAGUCAACCGUGCGGUAAAACCCUCCACUGCCUUAUUUCAGUCUUCCCCAAGGUCCCAAGCCACAGCUACCGAGCGGCCGCCAAGCAACUAUUCGGACCACAGUAAUCCGUCCCCAGUGUCCAGGUCAAAGCCUGCAGAAGUGCCGAGAUUCAACUUGAGCACGACCAUGCCCAUUCGCCAGCCUUUGGCUAACAUUACCAGCCCUGCAAAGCCCAUGUCGAGCAAGAACAUAAUGUCCAACCCGACAGUUGCUGCAGCAAAGAAGGCUGCUUUCCCUCCUGUCAGGGAUGAGAAAGUGCGAGCUGGGACCAAAGACGGCGUGAGGCCGUCCACUAGAACCGUAAAGCAGCACGCCAGGAUACCAUCGACUUCCGAGGAAACGGAAGAAGAUUCAAGCGACGAAUCGAGCGCAGAGAGCUUCGACUCAGGAGACGACCAAGACCCAUACAGUGAUCAGCCAGAAAGCACACGCAGCUCUCGCGAGGAGAGUGAGGCUGAGGAAGUCCUGAACUUCCAUACUCAGUUGCUCCGCAGACCUCCCGGGGCGGACGACCUCGAUGAGAUCACAUCAUCACCACUCUUCACCCCCCCUGUUUGGCAGCAUGCCAAGACACUCGGCAAUGCCAAGGCGACGUUCCCUCAGUACGCCCUCUUGGGAGGCAACUCUGAUGGCUCUGCUUCCACGAACUCGGAGGAGCCCCUUUUCUACAACGUAGCAGCACCCUCCAGUGUUUUCAUCUGUGGUAGCCAAGGCUCCGGCAAGAGCCACACACUGUCCUGCUUCCUCGAGAACUGUCUUGUGCCAUCGAAGCGUCUUGGUCGCCUGCCCCGACCUUUGACAGGAGUAGUGUUCCACUACGACACCUUUAUAUCUGACCUCAGCGGGACACCAUGCGAGGCAGCGUAUCUGGCGUCCAACCGCAAUGUCAAGGUCAGGGUCCUAUGUGCGCCGACAAAUAUACGAACUAUGCGCCAAACCUACAGUCGUCUCCCGGGCGUGAAUGUCGAAGAGCUGCGAUUGAAGGAAUCGGACUUGAACACGAAGAGAAUGCUGGAUCUCAUGGCAGUGGGUGCAGGCGGCAUGCCGUUAUACAUGCAUGUCAUCCAGCGGCUCCUGCGGGACAUGCGCAUCGACCAACAGAACACUGGCCACCACUUCAAUUACACGAAGUUCAAGCUUCUCCUUCAAAACGAAAAUCUUACCCCUAUGCAGAGUGUUCCCCUUCACCAACGCCUCGAGACGCUUGAAAGCUUCAUGGUCAAACCUCAGGCCAGUCGCGGAUCUCAGGUACCGUCUCGGGGCACUGAUUGGACGCCUGUAGCCGGUCAGCUGACCAUCGUCGACCUUUCGUGCCCUUGCGUCACGUCCGAGAUGGCAUGUUCGCUCUUCAACAUCUGCCUAUCUCUCUUUCUGGAGCAGAAACAACCCGGCCUGGGCCGAGUCGUCGCCCUUGACGAGGCGCAUAAGUACAUGACGGAGUCAGCCGAGGCGCAGACCUUGACCAAUUCUCUGCUGUCUUCGAUUCGGCUCCAGCGCCACGAGGCUUUGAGAGUGAUCAUCGCCACUCAGGAGCCAACAAUAUCGCCCAAGCUUCUCGACUUAUGCAGUAUCACGGUGGUCCAUCGAUUUCAGUCACCCGACUGGAUGCGGGUCUUGAAGGGUCAUCUCGCUGGUCUCUCCACAGCCUCCGAGAUCCUCAUCAAAACGCAGCAGAGGAAGCAGAAAAACGGAGACAUCGAUGCGGACACGACGAGCAUGUUUGAAGGUUUCAAGGGCAUCAGCAUCGCGCAGGACAAUCCGAUGCUUGAGAUGAUGUCGCAUAUCGUUCAACUCAAGACCGGAGAGGCUCUGAUCUUUGCCCCUAGUGCCAUUGUCGGACUGGAGAGAAAAGGUGGACGUGAAGGCACCAAGGACGUGGUUGUGCCGAAGCGACUGGACCAUGCUGUUAUGCGCGUCAGGAUCCGCGCUCGCCUUACGGCUGAUGGAGGGCGGAGCAUCAUGGCGGCGUAG